CCUUUAUUCCUUUUUAUUUAAAUUAUUUCUCUUUCAUUUUUUAUAAUAUGGAUUCACUUUAACAAUGGCUUCUAGUUUUAUAUCUUUACCUUAAGGUUUUGAUAAAAAAAACUUUUCGAGUCAUUUUGGUGUAUCCAUCUAUUUUGCUCAAAAAAUAGAUGAAGAAAAGGAAUGAACAACUCAUUUACUUCAUUUAUUUUUUGACAAAAUAUAAAGAAAUAUGUCAUAAAAGGACGAAAAAAAAUUUUUUUGUCUUUUUAGAUAUUUUCUAUAUUAUAAUUUGUCAUUUAAUAAAAUAUUUUUUAUUUGUAACAUAAAUGAUGGUUUGAUGUUUUUCUUAUUCUUUUUUUAAUUAGUGUGUGUGUCCGUGUGCAUCUUUUGCAAAGUACUUUAAUUUCUUUUUUCUCGUGAAAAUGAUGAAUCCUUUAUUUGCAUUAUUCUGGCAUCUCUAAUAUCAAUGUAUUUCCGUCUUUUGACCGAAUUACAUAAUGUAUUCAACCUUGUAUUCUGAUAAAAGAAAAAUGAGAAAAAAAAAUUUUAAAGUACUUUGUAUAAAAAAUAUUAUAAAUAAAUAAAAGUAAAUAUUUUCCGAUUUUAUGUCUGUUUGUGUGUGUGUUUUUUUUUUUUUU